GUUACUGUUUUGGAACGGCUUCUUGUGUCUUUUCUAUUCACGCGCUCUGAAAACAUGGAAUACUGUUUACCGCUGUUAUUUAAAACUUUUUUUUUUACUACCACAGAAGAGGCAAUACACCUCCUAGAGAAAUAUACAGGGCAACACAUAAACGGAAAAGAGAAACCUUCUUCAAUAAGAACUUAAAAUGUUCUUAUUCCAGUUACCAGAUGAUGUGCUCUACCACAUCAUGUCAUGUUUGGAAUACAAGUCUUUGAGUCGCCUUUCUCAAGUUUGCAAAACUAUUUACCAUUUUGCUAAUCGGGACGCAGUAUGGAGGAAGAUAGAGAAAGAGUUCAUAAACACUGGAAUGUCAUGACAAGAAGCAGAUGUGUAUCUCCACAUCCCGCUGGAGGACAGAGUGAAGGUAUCUCAGAACUGGAGCCAUGGGUUCUGCAGAAAGGAAGUCAUGCUCAAAUGGAGGAUUAAUGAUGGUAAGAUCCUGGCGCACCACAGGAGGAAUGGGUUCUCUGUAGAGUACUCAGGUCACAAGCAGAAGGUGAACUGCCUGGGCUGCAUAGGAGGACUGAUGGUCUGCGGCUCCAGAGACAGAACAGCCCGGAUUUGGACUUUGUCUUCCAACUGCCCCGGAGGCACUGUCCCCAUGAAUGACAAGGUGUGGUCUGUGGCUAUUAGUCCCACACAGAGGUGUGAGUUGCUGUGUUGUCUAGGUUCAGAGUUCCAGCGGGAUGCAGGUGUGUUGGAUAUAGUAUAUGAGUCGCCCUUCCAGCAGCUCACCUGUGGCUACGACACCUAUAUCCGCUCUUGGGACCUCCGCCUCAGCCCCAGGAAGUGUGUCAUUGAGUGGGAGGAGCCUCACGACAGUGCCCUCUACUGCAUCCAGACGGAUGGGAAUCACAUGAUUGCCAGUGGCUCCUCCUACUACGGCGUCCUACGGAUGUGGGAUAAGUGACAGACCCGCUGCGUAGAGAUGUUGCAGUCAUCCUCUGCUGUGAGCAGCCCAGUGUGGUCAUCAGAUGCCGCACUCCGUCACUCUUCUUCUUGGUCAAAUAGCCCUUACACAGCCUGGAGGUGUGUUUGGGGUCAUUGUCCUGUUGACAAACAAAUGAUUGUCCCACUAACCUGCUGGGAUGUUGUGUUGUUGCAGAAUGCUGCGGUAGCCAUGCUGGUUAAGUGUGCCUUGAAUUUAAAAAAAAUCACAGACAGUGUCACCAGCAAAGCACCCC